AUGGAGAGGAAAAGUAUUGGAGAUGUGGUGGUUCUGUGGCUUUGGUUUCUGUCCUUAGCAACUAUAAACAUCCAGUUUAGUUUGAGUGAUGGAACUUCAGAUGUCAUCUGCAGUGCAAGAGAAAGAAGAGCACUCCAGAGAAUCAAACAAGGCCUUGUGGAUCAGGGAAACUACCUCUCUUCAUGGACCCGUGAAGCCUGCUGUUCAUGGAAAGGCAUUGGCUGUGACAACAUAACUAGGCAUGUUGUCAAGAUCAACCUCAGUCGUGAGCCCAUGGAAGGAGCUUUCUUGGGUGGGGAUAUAAGUACUUCUUUGUUGGACCUGAACCAUCUUCAGUACCUGGACCUCAGUUGGAACAGCUUUGAAGGACUUCAGAUUCCAGAAUUCCUUGGUUCCCUGACAGGUUUAAGGUAUCUUAAUCUCUCCAAUGCAGGUUUGACUGGUGAUGUUCCUCGUCAACUUGGAAAACAGUCGAGCUUACAAAACCUUACUUCACUUGUAGCUGAAGACCUGUCAAACAAUGCCCUUGAAGGGGAAAGCCCAAGAUCAUUGGGAGAACAUUGCAAUCUACAAAGGCUAGAUUUGUCAUCUAAUAAACUUGUCAAAGGUUUAGAGUUUCUAGACCUUGGUGCAGAUGAAGUUUCAGGUCAUUUUUUGAAAUGCUUAUCAGUUCUUUCUGAUGGGAAUAGUUCAUCUUCUGGACCAACAUCUGUAUCUGUAAGAGGCUUGUCAUCCUUGAGUUACUUAGAUAUGUCCGGGAAUUCUCAGAAGGGUAUAGUGUCUGGAAAGUACUUCGCUAAUUUGACAAGGUUGAAAUAUUUACAUGCUUCUUCAAACUCGUUUACAUUGCAAGUAGGUUCUGACUGGAAUCCUCCAUUCCAACUAGAAAUUUUGAAAAUGGGAUAUUGGCAGUUGGGGCCUUUAUUUCCUGCAUCUGCAAACGCAAAAGGAUCAGAUGGAUCUAGACAUAUCCAGAGUAUGAGUACGGUGGUUCUCUUCCCCUUCUAA